GCGCAGAUGGCAACCGAAUCCCGCUGGAGACCAACGCCACACCUGGCAAAUUUGAAAUCGGACCCGAUCGACAGAGUGCGCAGCCGAACCGCAAUGGGAACAUCAACCGAACCAUCCGGCGCGCCCACUAGGCGCCAUCACAUGGGAUGGCCGGACACCCAGCCCGCAUGUCACGUCAUCCUCAGUUCCCGCUGAUUCGUAUGGGCAUAGCUAUGGGUCGCCCCGCCAUAGCCUGGAUGGCAGGCCAUCAUUCUCUGGCAUAUCUCGCCAAGAUAGCAGCACAGAGCCGCCCAGGAUGUUCACGCCCAGUAACUUUGCUUCGCAGAUGGACUCCGCAGCACCGGGUUAUGGGAACUUUCCAAACUAUGCAACGCAGCCAGAUCACCAGCAGCAACAGCCACAGCAGCCUACACAGCCGCCACAGUGGGGCGAUCCGGUUUUGUGCCAGGAACGCUGGCCAGGGCGGAUUCAUCACCCCUAACACGUCUUUUGUGCCCGCGGCGGCAGCUUUAUUGGCAGGUUCAAGGGGACCGAGCUUCGACAUGGGAUACGGAGGCAGCGGCGCGAUUGAGAGCAGCGGCGCGCCCCCAGCAGCGCACGUGCACUCUGGAUAUAGCGGUCAGCAUGGGGCAGCGCAGAGCAGCGGCUCUGUAGCUGUGGCAAACCACGGCUACGGCAGUGCAGAUUCUGGGGCUGGAGCCGGCAAUACCAACGGCGACGACGACGAGGAUAUGUUUGGGUUUUCCAAGGGUAAGAAACAAGUGUCAGCGGCUUCUGCGCAGUCAGCCCAAACCACACAGGUGCACCCCAGGUCAGCGCUGAAGCCACCCGCAGCUCGGUGCCCUCUGCUCGGGCAUCAACCGAUGCCAAGGGCGAAAAGACGGCGGGAAGGGUGAUGGAGAGGGCGACGACAAGGCCAGCAGCGGAGUAUUCGGAAUGUUCAAGAGCCUUUGGGGCGGACGCAAGAACCAAGCCAAUUUGGGCGAGGAGUCACACUUUGUAUAUGAUCCUAUUCUGGAGAGGUGGGUGGAUAAGAACGCUGCUGGAGACCAGCAGGACAGCGGGCCGCUGC